UUUCGGUUUGCCGGGAUCACACAUGUUCUGUUCCGCUUUUUCUUUCAGGUUCGGCAGUGAGCGUCGGUGUUGUUGCUGGGUCCUUCGGGAUGUCAUAAGACUUGAAACGGACGUGAGGCUGCUCCAGAGAGUUGUCCUGGGUUCGCGUGAACUGAUGUCUAGUUGUUUAUGCAGUUUUUUGGACGCGCGUGCGAAGGGCGCCAGCAUGGCCCCUUCGGUGCAGGCCACUACGGCAGAUUGCGCAGCUUGUUACAUGGGCUCACGGGUGCUGAAUGUGCCGCCUUGCUUGCUGCCCCACCUGUCUGAGCCUCCCACCCCAUUCACCCUCUGCAGGAAUGUGAGCAUUCGUCUCGUGGUCCUUUCCCCGAGCAGCCGUGUUUCAACCACUGCUCCCGGACUUCUGGCCGCUACGGAAUCUACGGGCUCGCGCCGAGGGUUUCCAACCGCGCCGGUGGCAUCGUGCCCCAGCGAUGGCAGUUCUGCAAAAGUGCGAGCAUCGUCUCAGCGUCCCUUCCCCGAGCUGCCGUAUCUCAACCGCUGCUCCCAGGAUUGUGGCCGCUACGGAUCCUACGGGCUCACACCGAGGGCUUCUAGCCGCGCCGGUGGCAUCGUGCCCCGAUUUUCCAUGUGCAGCGCACUCCGCGAGACGUGGCGCCGAAAUCGCUUGACAGGAAGGAGGUUCACAGAGGAGAAGGAGGAGGAAGAUGAGCCCCCCUCUCAACCGUCAGCCUCCGCAUUGGCCGCCCUGGUGGCCUGCCUGGCCUGGGCUCGGGCGCGCGGCUCGCCCCAGAGCUUCGCGAAGGGCCGUGCCGGCGCUGGAGGCCAGACGCCAGCAGCACGGCCUCGAGGCAUCACGCUUGCGCAGUUCAACCCGCAGAAUACCAACAAGGACAAGAGCCGCGAUGUCAUCGAGGAGCGUCGUGGUCGGGCGCGCCAAGCUGGGCGGCAUCCCUAUGGGCGUGAUCGCGUUGGAGACGCGCAGAGUAGAUGGGAGGAGCGCUGGGGCAUGCGAGACCUGGAUACCAGGGGGGAGAGAGCGUCGUCCCCGCGGCAUUCCCGCCCGCGGGCACCCAGAAGUAGAGGAGCGGUUGUGAGGUCGGCGAGAUUGAUUGACAAGCGGCAUGGUUCUGUGUGCUCGUCCGAGUGCUCCUUUGAGCGACUGAGAUUCUGCAACGCCAUCUUCCGCAUGGAACGUGUUGCGUUGCCGUGCGAGUCUUGGCAUGCGGUUAGUCUGUCUGCUUUGGUCGCUUCUCCGGAGCGCUGCCUCGAUUCGCCCUAUUUCUGCGAGUAUGCGGUGCCUUGCUUUCCGUUCCCUUCUGCAGUUCUGCGCCGUGCCGAUUUGAUGUGUUCUUUCCCGAGUUGCCUCCUGUAUCCUGACGCGACGAUCGGGCAGCUGCUCCGUAGGAGGUAGCAGUCACGAAGUUGAAUUUGUUGUAGCAAGCCGUGGGGUUUUAGGGCACCAUCGACCUCUCUUCGCUCUGCUGGAGCGCCGCUUGGCGCGAGGCGUGCGUUCGCCUCGUCCCCUCCCCCCCCACAGGCCAGCAUCCCCAGCUCGGCCACAUCAUUCGAUUUGAAGGCAGACCCUCCCCGCUGAGUAGCAGUACCGUCUCGGCGCGUGCUGCCGUCCUGUUCCGAUCCGUCGCCAGGGAGGAAGCGGCUCCUGGGGGCUCUUCUCCGAUGUCGGAUUUGGGAUGAGCUGGCCUGGGGUCCAGGACCCGUUUCCCUCCGCCGGUUCCCCUCGGCCCGUUGACCCUCGGCGUUGGGGGUGCCGUCCCCCAUGCGGGAGCCGGCGGCGCUGCAGGAGCAUGUCGCGAGACCCUCUCGCUGCUGGGCGUGGACGGGUGUGCAUCUGAGCGCGAUCUCGACACCCUUCCCCCCGGGGCCAGCGUUUCAUCCCGAGGCGUUCCCUGAUUCCAGGCAUCCCAAGGGGUGUCCGAGCAGACAAAGGGG